AUGUCGACUUUUGCACCCCCCAUGGCUAAAGCCUGGGAUAACGACGACGGCAGUGACCGUCCGUCCACGAACUCGUCCAACGAGCAACCAGAACAUGCCGCACAUAUCCGCUCCAGGUCCACUGCCCACGCUCACAGCCCCAAGCGUCUGUCUGUCUUCAGCGGUCGUUCAAGAAGCAAUACCACCACCUCGACUUCUUCACGCCAGUCACCGGGUUCUUCCAUGACCUCGACAGAUAGUUCAAUUGUCUCUGAUGAGCGAGCCGGCUCGUCAUUGGGACUCCGCUCCGAUAAGCAGGACAAGCCAUCCCGGUCCUUUUUGGCGCGGGGAAGCCGCAUGCUGCGUCGACAGGGUAGCAAGAUCAACAUCGUCGCCACGCUGGACGAGGAAGAUGAGGCCGAUCGUGAGAAGGCCCGGCCUGAGAGAGAGAUGUUUGGCCGUCGCGCCCGCCAUACCGAUCACAGCGAGCGCUUGAAAAGCAUUAUUUCGGAUCCUUUUGACUUCCACCACUUGACUCAUACCAACCCCUCGCAGUUCCAGGCUUUGGAUCAAACACGCGAGAACGAUCUCGUCACGGAGUUUUCGGCCAUCCGAGCAUCUCAACGACCCCAGACCGGUCUUAAAGGUAUCCGCGCCGACGACAUUCAUUUCCGUAAUUUCUCCAGUGAUGACCUGCGCUCGCUUGGAACUGCCACCACGGUGGAUGUGCCCAGCGUAAGCCCACCGGCUUCUCCAAAAGCAUACCAGCGCCACGCACGCAGAGAAUCUCGUGUCAACGAGAACUUCUCGCGACCAGUCUCCAGAUAUCCCCGAUCCUGCCCCACCACUCCCCCACCUCCUGCUGUGCCAGAGACUCCCCCGCCUGAGACUGAUGAACCGGCACCCCGUGCCAUUGACGAGAUCCUGGGCUUGUCCACUGCGAUGACGUACCCAGAUCUCCAAUCAGUGCAGCCAACCCGGUUUUUCAGCCCCGAGCCCGCAGAUGGCAGCGCCAGGACCUCGUCCAUGAGCAGCCACUAUGAUUUGGAAGAUGUCCCCGAGGAAGAGGAAGGAACCCGGUAUUGGGACAGCCCCGAGUCCAGCACGGGAUGCCCCCAUUCUCGCUCAACUUCUCAAACCAGUCCUCCACCCAAUACCCAGUCACCCAGCACCAGCGAGCGCAAAGCUCCAAUGUCGAUCUAUGUGGCCGAGGAGCUCUCCAGGAAGUUCUCUGAGGCAUUGGGCUCGCCAACCCUCCCUCAAUAUCUUGAUGACACGGACACUCCUCGCGCCCAGGUGGAGGUCACACCACCCGAGCCAAUCGCCAACCUGCACCAAUUUUCAUAUGAGGAUGAAUUGUAUGACUCGUGGGACGCAGAUAUCGACUACUGCUAUGAGCACGCAGCCGAGUCCACCUCCAACUUCGAUUGGUCUCGCACAUCUCUGGACGAAGCACGCCCUCAAGUCAGCGUAGCCUGCAACGAGGGGCCCUGGCUCGCCCCGAAAACCCGACAGCUCCAGCCGAGCCCACUGAGCACCUCCGCCCUACCAACCCCAGACCUGGACCCCAGCCCAGCCCAGUCGAUGCCCUCCCACACAGCAGCCACGCCCUCAAGCGGAGACUAUGAGCAGGAGUUCAUCGCGCGGGGCGCAGACUACUUCCAUCCCGUCAGUUCCUCGAUCCUCCCAUCAAUGGGAAAACAAAUCUCCCACGAACCAUUGUACGAGGAGUACAUGACGACUGAUGGCGAAUCAGACCGCCACUUCCCCUUCUCACAGGGCAUGGGUCCCAUCUCCCCACGCAGCAGCUUCUCCCCGAUAAGCAAGUGCAACUCGCAGGAGAGCCUUAUGCUCUCUCGCGCAGCUUCCAUCGUGCGCAAGCACCGCUCCUCCGUCUCGACGACGACCAGCGUCCCAGAGCUCAUUCACAGCUUGUCCAGCAGCCGCGAGCUCAUGCCAACGGACCGCAUGACAGCCGGCGAGGCACUCACCCGCCCUGCAUCAUCCUCCCAACACCGCCAGACCAAGAGUCUCGCCGAGGCGCACUUCCUCCUCCAGAGCGGCAGCAGCACGAGUCUCGAGGGCGCGGAUCUUACCGUGUCGCUCCAUGACCGCGCCAAGUCCAUUUCGGAGGUCGAAUCCCAGCCGAUCAAAUUCGAGGCUCCUUUGCCUCCUGUUCCUCCCAGAAACCCGAACCGGAGGAAGGCUCGCUCGCCAUCUUACUCUCUCUUCCCGACAACCGCUCACUGA